AUGCCGACCGCCAUAAAUGCAACCGUGGCCCGGCAAACAGCUGCUGGGUCAGUCCCCAGCGCCACUAUUGGCACUACGGAGGGGGCAGGAGGGGGCACAGGGGGGAUUUAUUCUGCCAUUAUAAGUCGCAAUCAGCCCAUUAUCAGUGUAAAGGAGAAGACCUAUGAAGAGCUUCACAAGAAGUGCCUGGAGAAAAACAUUCUCUAUGAAGAUCCUGAUUUCCCACCAAAUGAGUCAUCCCUUUUCUACAGCCAGAAAAGCCCCGUCAAGUUCGAAUGGAAAAGACCACGUGAAAUCUGUGAAAAUCCACGGUUUAUUAUUGGUGGAGCCAAUAGAACAGAUAUCUGCCAAGGAGAAUUAGGUAACUGCUGGUUUCUGGCUGCCAUUGCUUGCCUGACACUAAAUAAAAAACUACUCAGUAGAGUCAUACCUCAUGACCAGUCCUUUAUACAAAACUAUGCCGGCAUCUUUCACUUCCAGUUCUGGCGCUAUGGAGACUGGGUGGAUGUCGUCAUCGAUGACUGCUUACCCACCUACAACAACCAGCUGGUCUUUACCAAAUCCUCCCAGCGCAACGAGUUCUGGAGCGCCCUCCUGGAAAAGGCCUAUGCAAAACUCCACGGGUCAUAUGAAGCUUUGAAGGGAGGGAACACCACCGAAGCCAUGGAGGACUUUACCGGAGGAGUCACAGAGUUCUACGAGAUAAAGGAUGCCCCUAAAGAUAUCUAUAAAAUCAUGAAACAUGCCAUUGACAGAGGAUCCCUCAUGGCUAGUUCCAUUGAUGAUGACCUAGGCUUUUGCUACGGAUCCGCUCCUCGGACUGAUAUUGGGGAGCUGAUUGCUCGCAUGGUGAAGAAUCAAGAAAAUGCACAGAUGAGUCAGCCCACUGUAGACUACCAGGGGAUGGAGGAGAGGCCAGCCUGGACCAUAGUGCCGAUGCAGUACGAGACUCGGAUGUCCUGCGGGCUGGUCAAAGGCCACGCCUAUUCCGUGACGGCCGUGGAAGAGACAGUAUUUAAAGGGGAAAAAAUACGUCUGGUAAGGCUGAGAAACCCUUGGGGCCAGGUGGAAUGGAAUGGAGCCUGGAGUGACAAGUCAGAGGUGUGGGACUCUGUUAAUGAAGCAGAGAAAAUCCGCCUGCAGCACAAGGUCGUGGAGGAUGGGGAGUUCUGGAUUUCAUUUCAAGAUUUCAUGAGGCACUUCACGAAGCUUGAGAUCUGUAACCUCACACCUGAUACUCUUGAAGUGGAUAAAUUCCAGACCUGGACUGUGUCAAUCAAUGAAGGACGCUGGGUGAGAGGCUGCUCAGCUGGAGGUUGCCGCAAUUAUCCAGAUACAUUUUGGACCAAUCCCCAGUAUCGCUUGAAGCUCCUGGAGGAAGAUGAUGAUCCUGAGGAUGAAGAGGUUAUCUGCAGCUUCCUUGUCGCACUGAUGCAGAAAAAUAGGAGGAAAGAGCGCAAGCUGGGAGCCAACCUGUACACCAUUGGCUUUGCCAUCUACGAGGUGCCCAAAGAGAUGCAUGGUACUAAGCACCACUUGCAGAAGGAUUUUUUCCUCUACAAUGCCUCCAAAGCCAGAAGUAAGACCUACAUAAACAUGCGAGAAAUCUCUGAGCGCUUCCGGUUACCUCCCAGCGAGUACGUCAUCAUCCCAUCGACAUAUGACCCCCACCAGGAGGGAGAAUUCAUCCUCAGGGUCUUCUCAGAGAAAAGAAGUCUUUCAGAGGAAGUUGAAAACAUGAUUGAGGCAGAGCGUCCAUUGGUAAGUACUAAGAAAAAGGGCAAGCCUAUCAUCUUCGUUUCUGACAGAGCGAACAGCAAUAAGGAGCUGACAGCAGAUGAAAAUGCUGGCAAAGAUGGUGAAAAAACCCAAGCAGAUGAGAAAAAGCAUUCCUCAACAAAAGCUUAUGAGGAGAGUGAAGAGCAAAAACAAUUCAGGAAUAUUUUCCGACAGAUUGCAGGAGAUGACAUGGAGAUCAAUGCUGAGGAACUUAGGAAUGUUCUCAAUAAUGUUGUAAAAAAACAUAAGGACCUAAGGUCAGAAGGGUUUGAGUUGGAAUCCUGCCGCAGCAUGAUUGCUUUAAUGGAUACAGAUGGCUCAGGGAAGAUAAACUUUGAUGAAUUUCGACAUCUCUGGGACAAGAUUAAAAGCUGGCAGAAAAUUUUCAAGCGUUAUGACACAGAUCAUUCAGGAACUAUUAACAGCUAUGAGAUGAGAAAUGCUGUCAAUGAUGCAGGGUUUCGGCUGAACAACCAGCUCUACGACAUCAUCACCAUGCGCUACGCCGACAAGAACAUGAACAUCGACUUUGACAGCUUCAUCUGCUGCUUCGUGCGCCUGGACGCCAUGUUCCGGGCGUUCCAUGCCUUUGACAAAGAUGGAGAUGGCAUCAUUAAGCUCAAUGUCCUGGAGUGGCUGCAGCUCACGCUGUACGCGUAA